GUCGAGAUUGGAUACCCGCCGGGCGCAGGGAGGGGGCGUCGCGCCGCCUGGCUCCGCCGCUUUGCAAUUCCGCGUUGUAUACCCCAGUGGCGGCCGCGGAGGAAGCGGGCUGAGCUGCAGCGGCCGGCCUGAAUCCGACGCUCCUCCGUUUCCCGCGGAGUUCCUUGAUCCUUGGCUCGUUCCGUCCCGCCCCAAGGUUCGCUGUAUCCUUGGUCCUCUAACCUCUUUCCCAGCUCCCGAAGCCCUCGACCUCAACGUCUGCAGAACGAAAUGGUCACAGCCAUGAAUGUGUCAGAGGAAACAGGGCAGGUGUUACAGCCCUACAGCUUUGAGCUGUUCCGGGACAUGAGGCCCUUUUUGGAGGAGUACUGGGCAGCCUCAUUCCUCGUAGUUCUGCUCUACCUGCUGCUCGUCUUUGUGGGGCAGAACUACAUGAAGGCACGGAAGGGCUUCAGCCUGCGGGGGCCUCUCAUCCUUUGGUCCUUCUGCCUUGCAGUCUUCAGGUAAGACACUCCUCCCCCGACUUCCCGCCUAUCCUGUAGGCUAGAGACCCUCAUUUUAUCCCUAAAAGCUUUCUAGAAACCUCAGUUGCAUCAGCUCUCCAAGCUGCCCCCUAACUCACUCCCUAUCCCAUCCUCUCAGCUCUAGCUCCCCUCCCCAGCUUCCACCCUUCUCCCAUGUUACCCUGUUUUCCUUCUUCCCCAGGCUCCAAGCUGGCAGUCUCUGCUCUCUCGUGCUCAUGAAGUCUGUGGACUUCCAACAAAUUUCUCCAGCCUCUAAUACUCUCAGCAUCUAACAGCCUCUCCUACGACCUUCCAACAACUUCCCCAGCCCCUCCUUCCCAAAUUUCCUCGCCCAAACUACUUCGAUCUCCCUCAUCCUU